UGCCAUCCCCUCCAGAGAGGAUCAAAAUUGUGAUGGCAUGUCUUCGGAUCAUCCUCCGGGAUGUUUCCCAGACCGUCGCCAAUAGCCCAUUGUGCUGCUCUACUGCGACGUAAAUUCACAACCAAUCAAGAAAACCAUCUCCUUUUAUACAAUCAGCGAGCUGUAAGCGCAACCAAGACUGAGCUCCAAAAAUGCCCGUCAGUAAUCAUCAUCAAGAAAAGCGUAACGAUUUUAAGGCUCUUUAUAUGGAAGAUGGAUAUCUUAAAAUAUUCUAUAUUACCUAUAAAUAUAUAGAAAAUUCUAUUUUGUUUAAAAAUAUGUUCUAAUUUACGGAGUGUUGACUCAGAAUGUGAUCAAUGCACUUUCAAUCAUCGUCGAGAGAAAAGGAUCAUCAAUUUAGGCUCUCAUUCUUCCUCGAUCGCAAUCAGGGGUGUGUUAAAUGUGAACUGUGAUAAUGUUCCUGAACGACACAAAAAUAGUGCGUGCUUAAAACUCAUGUGUGUGAAUUUGGAGAUGGAAACGCGACUUCGUUAGUGAAAUACUAUACUCGCAAAAGAUUUCCCAAUCAUAUUCUCAAUAGCAUCUUUAGAAUUGCAUAUGCGGUUUUCUACAAUGCAGUAUGAAUGCUCUCUUAAGAAAAUGAGAGGUUGAUAUUCUAUAAUAGCUUACUCUACUUUCUAUAAACUGUCCUAAGAUUCUGGACAUCAGGUGUGUUGAAGUAGGCAACCGAUAACGUAACCAACGCUCAAAUCUGUGCUUAAUUGUUGAAAAAAUCUUUGCUGAGAAACUAUAUUAAAACAUACUUUCUUACUUAUACCGAAGACGACUUUAAUAAACCCUAUUUGUGUAAAGAAAAUCAUAUAUUGUUUUUGAUUUGCCCCUACAUGGAUUAAAUUUAUUAGCCUGCAUAUCCAUAAUCUUAAAUAAAUGUGAAGUGAAUUACCAGCAUAGUAACGGAAGCAAUAUAGAGAGCGCUUAACAAAGGUUAUUUCCAUGCAGAUCUAAUUCAAAUAUUAUCUUCUAUAUACAGAAAAAAAAUUGAUAUGAGUGAUAAAAUAUCUUCUUGCUGACAGUAACUAAAAUUCAUAUUGUGCAUGCAUAUAUCUUUUUCUUUUUUUAAAGAUUAUGUUUUUGGUUAAUUGAAUCUAAUACAUGAAAUUGUACAUUAUUCUGCUGUUUCCUGUGAUAAAAAAACAAGGUGAAAUAAUUUAGUUUAAUAAUAUCAUGCUAAUAAUUUAGUAUCUAUAUAGUAAUAAUUUAGUAUCUUGGUAAUUUAAUUUAAAUUCACAAAUGCGUCUAUUAAUAAAUCAUGUGCCUGCUGUAAGGUGAUCAUAUUUCCACAGUAUUAUAUGUUACUUAAGUAAAAAUUUGGUCAAAGUUAGUGACUUGAUACAGCAUGCUCUUUUUUGUAUCAUAUGUUAUUAAAAGCCUAAUUUAAUUCAAAAUAGGUAUCAUCCUGUAAGUAAACCUUAUUCUUUUUAUUCUGAAAAUGGUUUUUCAGGAAAAAGUAUGAGUAAAUACUAAAAUUCAUUUUGGUAAAAAAACUUAUUCCUGUAGCAUAUAAAAUAAGAGUUUUUUACAAAUGUUCAUACUGGUGAGAAACCUCAUUCUUGUAAUUUAUGUAAUAAGAGUUUUUCGCAAAAAUUUAAUCUCACUAGACACAAUCCUGUUCAUACUGGUAAGAAGCCUUAUUCUUGUAGUACAUGUAAUGAAAUUUUUUCACUAAAAAGUAGUCUGAUCAAACACAUUCAUAUUCGUACUGGUGAGAAACCUUAUUCUUGUACUAUAUGUAAUAAAAAGUUUCACACAAAAAUGAAAUCUCACUAUACACAGUCGUGUUCAUACUGGUGAGAAGCCUUAUUCUUGUAGUAUAUCUAAUACGAGUUUUUCGAUGAGAAUAACUCUGAAACAACACUGUCUUGUUCAUACUGGGAAGAAAUCUUAUUCUUGCAGUACAUGUGAUAAAAAAAUUUCACAGAAAAAACAUCUCACUACACAUGGUCGUGUUCAUAAUGGUGAGAAGCCUUAUUCUUGUAAUAUAUGUAAUAAGAGUUUUUCAAGGAGAGGGACUCUGAAUCAACACUGCCGUGUUCAUACUGGGGAGAAACCUUAUUCUUGUAGUGUAUGUAAUAAGAGUUUUUCAAUGAAAGGUACUCUGAAUCAACACUGUCGUGUUCAACCUGGGGAGGAACCUUAUUCUUGUAGUAUAUGUAAUAAAAAUUUUUCACAUAAAGAUAGUCUUAAAAAACACAGUCUUGUUCAUACUGGUGUGAAGCCUUAUUCUUGUAAUAUAUGUAAUAAGAGUUUUUCACAAAAACGUAGUCUGACAGAACACAGUCGUGUUCAUACUGGUGAGAAACCUUAUUCUUGUACUAUAUGUAAUAAAAAAUUUUCACGAAAAAGAAAUCUCACUCUACACGGUCAUAUUCAUACUGGUGCGAAGCCUUAUUCUUGUACUAUAUGUAAUAAAAGGUUUUCUCAAGAAGGUAAUCUGACAAGACACAGUCGUUUCCAUACUGGUGAGAAGCCUUAUUCUUGUAGUAUAUGUAAUAAGAGUUUCUCAGAAAGAGGGACUCUGAAUAAACACAGUCUUGUUCAUACUGGUAAGAAGCCUUAUUCUUGUAGUAUAUGUAAUAAGAGUUUUUCUCAAAACGGUAAUCUGACAAAACACAGUCGUUUUCAUCAUGGUGAGAAGCCUUAUUCUUGUAAUUUAUGUAACAAGAGUUUUUCAGAGAAAGGGAAUCUGAAUUUACACUCUCAUGUUCAUACUGGGUUGAAACCUUAUUCUUGUGGCAUAUGUAAUAAAAGUUUUUCAUUAAAAGGUAGUUUAGAAAUACACAGUCGUGUUCAUACUGGGGAGAAACCUUAUUCUUGUAGUGUAUGUAAUAAAAGUUUUUCACUUAAAGAUAGACUGAAAAUACACAGUCUUGUUCAUACUGGUGAGAAGCCUUAUUCUUGUAGCAUAUGUAAUAAGAGUUUUUCACAAAAAGGUAGUGUGAAAAUACACAGUCGUGUUCAUACUGGUGAGAAACCUUAUUCUUGUUGUAUAUGUAAUAAGAGUUUUUCGGAAAGAGGGACUUUGAAUAAACACUGUUUUGUUCAUACUGGUGAGAAACCUUUUUCUUGUAAUAUAUGUAAUAAGAGUUUUUUAGAAAAAGGGAAUCUGAAUAAACACAGUCUUGUUCAUACUGGUGAGAAGCCUUAUUCUUGUAGUAUAUGUGAUGAGAGCUUUUCACAAAAAGGUAGUCUGACAGAACACAGUCGUGUUCAUAUUGGUGAGAAGCCUUAUCCUUAAAUUUCUGGAAAAAGUCAUCUCACUAAAUGCGGUAGUGUUCAUAUUAAAGAAAAGUCUUAUUCUUGUAGUAUAUGUAAUAAGAGUUUUUUACAUUGAGUGACUCUGAAUAGACACUGUUGUGUGCAUACUGGUGAGAAACCUUAUUCAUGUAUUACAUAUUAUAAGAGUAUCUCACAAAAAGUAAUCUUACAGUUCACAGGCGGUGCUCAUACUGGUAAGAAGCCUUAUUCUUGUAGUGUAUGUAACAAGAGUUUUUCAUUAAGAGGUAGUUUAACUGAACAAAGUCCUCUUCUUAGUGGUAAGAAACUUCACUCAUGUUAUGUACGUAAUAAAGCUUUUUCAAGAAAGAACUAUCUAACUAGUCAGUCGUGUUCACGCUAUUUAAAAACCAUAUGCUUGUUAAAAGUUUUUUUUUUCACUUAAGGUCCAUCUAAUUUAUUGUUGUUUUAUUCACACUGGUGAAAAAUCUUAUUUUUUUCAUAUGUUUUAAAAAAAAAGAGUUUUUAAUUUUUCACAAGCUAACUUUACUGUUUGGUGAUUUUGCUGGUGAGAAACCUUUUUAUUGUAGUAUAAUGAAUAAGAGUUUUUCUCAAAAAUGUCAUCUGAUUAAAUACAGUAUUGUUUAUUCUAUUGACACACCAUAUUUUUGAAGUCUGUAAUAAAUUAGUUUUUUUUUUAAAUAACAAGGAUCUAAAUGUUUGCAUUCAUGUUCAUAUUGUUUUCAAUUUACCCCUUAAUUACUGGAUUAUAUUACUUUAUUUACAACCAGUUAAGUUUGACUAAGAUAUAAAAUGUGAUUUAUUUUCUUAUCAUUUGAAUCCUGAGUUCAAGUUAAUAUGUUUUUUCAAUGAAAAGAAAAGAUUUCUUGCAACUUUUAUUAAAAUUAUUUGUAGCAUCUUUUAUUUAAUAAAUCUUUUCUAACACAUGUUGUACAAUUGCUUUAAUAAAAGUAGCUGUUGUAGUUUUA